AUGCACAUCUUGAUGAUCCUGGAAGAGCUGAAUGGAAAGGAUUUCCAUCAGGGUGGGAUCAUCACAUUGGUUUCUGGGGAGGUCUUGUUCCUGAAAACCGCAUUCAAUGGGUCUGCUCUUGAGGAUCUGUUAAAUGCCGGUGUUCUUGGUUUGAAGUCUUUAAUGUGUCCAUCUGGGAUCAAUGGCUUUCUUAUGACAAAUGCCAGUCAUAUUAAGGGACUGUCUGUACUGGCAAAAUACAGAAGGCCUUUACUUGUACAUGCAGAGAAACAACUAGAUCUCGAAAGCGACUUGGGAGUUGAAGGUGGUACGUUCUUAUUCGACGUAUCUCAAGACCUGGCCACCUUCAUGGGAUCUGUUGACCUUGACAAAGGACACAAGGAUAUUGGUGCCCCAGCAGAAGGAGCUCAUCUUCACAGUGUUCACUUGUCUGACUCAAGCUCUUCAUUGGAACUCGGGCAUCCUUGA